CAUUCCAGAGAACAUGUCUCCACUGCUCUAGAGUCCAGUGGCAGUGUGCUUUACACCACUGCAUCCAGUGCUGUAAGGCUUGUAGGUAGCUGCUCAGCCAUGGAAACCCAUUCCAUGAAGCUCUCUACACACUGUUGUCCUAAUAUGAAGGCAACACAAAGUUUGGAGGUUUUUUAGCUAUUGACUCUGCAGACAGUUGGUGACUUCUGCACACUGUGUGCUUCAGCAUGCGCUGACUCCACUCAUUCAUUUCUCGUGGCCUACCACUUUUGGGUGGCCAACCACUUCAUGGCUGAGUUAGUUGUGUUGUUCCCAGUUGCUUACACUUUGUUAUAAUACCAUUAACAGUUGACUGUGGAAUAUUUAGUAGCAA